AUGGGGGGUGGUUUGUUUUGGUUGGGAGGGUGGGGGUGGUUUGUUGUGGGGGGGGGUGGUUUGGUGGGUGUUGGGUGGGUGGUUUUGGGUGUGUGGAGGGGGGGGGGGGUUGGGUGGGGUUGGUUGGGUUGUGUGGGUUGUGAGUGUGGGUAUGGGUUGGUUGGGGUGUGGGGGUGGUUUGUGGGGGGGGGUUGGGGGGGGGGGUUUGUGGGUGGGGUGGGGGUUGUUGGGUUGGGUGGUGUGGUUGGGGGUGGGAGGGGGGUUUUUGUUUGGGGUUAUUGGGGUGUUUGGGGGGUGGGGUUGGGGAGUGUAGGGGGUGGGGGGAGUGGUGGGUUGUGGUGUGGUGUGUUUGUGUGGGGGGGGGGGGGGGGUUUUUGGGGUUGUGGGGGGGGGGUGUGUAGGGGUGGGGGGUUGGGGGUUUUGGUGGUGUAUGGGGUGGGUAUUUGGUUGGGUUUUGUUGAGGGGGGGGGUGUGGGGUUAGGUUUUGUGGUAGUGUAG